AUUUUGUUUUGUUUAGGAUAUAAGUAAUUAGUUCCAAAUUACAAAUUAGUCUAUCAUAUACAUGAUAGAACAGUGUCAUUGUAAUAAAAAGGUAUUUUAAAUUAAAACAGCAAAAUUUACAGUUAAUUGAAAGUCGGCACUGCAUUAUUAGAAGAAUUAACUAUUGGAUUAAAUAUAGUAGGUCUAUACGGUUUGAAUAACUGCUUUAUUAUGACAACGUUACGAUCUUUAAAAUGUGAUGAUCUUUUUAAAAUUAAUAAUGUCAAUUUUGAUCCGUUGACAGAAACUUACAGUCUUCCAUUGUACACACACUAUUUAGCAAUGUGGCCAGAGUAUUUACUAGUCAUCGAAUCACCCAAUGGACAAAUUAUUGGUUAUAUUUUAGCCAAAGCGGAGGGAUUUAUGGACAACUGGCAUGGCCAUGUAACUGCGUUGACCGUUUCUGCAGAUUAUCGACGCUUAGGAUUGGCUGCAACAUUAAUGAACUUGGUGGAAAUUGUUUUUGAGAAAAAACGUGCAUAUUUUGUGGAUUUAUUCGUCCGCAAAAGUAAUGAAGUGGCAAUUAAGAUGUAUAAAAACUUGGGAUAUAUAAUUUAUAGAACCAUAUUAGAGUAUUAUUGCAAUGAGAAGGAAGAUGCUUAUGAAAUGAGAAAAGCUUUAUCACGUGAUGUUGAAAAAAAAUCGAUUGUUCCAUGUAAUCAAACAGUUCGACCUGAAGAUUUGGACACUAACUAAAUUUUAUUUAUAAUGCAAAUGUACAUAUAUAUUUUUGUUAAUU